CAAUUUUAAACUUUUUGUGACUAAAAUGAAUCCACCGCCUUCACGGGGACGCGCCCCAUCUAGAUUUGUGCGUGGGCGUGGUCGUGGAGGAGGCCCUUACCGUCCGUACUUCUACUUUCGCCGCAAUGGACGUGUGAUCCCAGCCCGUGGCAAUCGACAGCCAAACAGGGAAGAAUCUGGAGCACCUGGCGGUUCUGGUGAUGAUCCGCCUGCAAGCCGACAACCCAGAGGUUGGAACCGCACAACCAGUAAACGAGGACGCGAUGUCCACUUGGACUGCAGCUUUCUGCGUCCUGAGAAUUAUGCUGCUCCCGAGGAUGGACUUCAGGUUCCGAGCAUUGCGGUGGACAAUCCACGAGCUCAUUCCGGUUGGCGGCUUUACUUUCUACGCGAUAACUACGAGGAGGGCAAUGAACUGGCAAGGAGGAUUAUGGCCGUGUCGGCACAUUACCAACGCAAUCCUCACAACUACGAUUUUAUGAUGAUUCGUGAUCGGGGAUUCUUUCCCCUGCUCGCCCUGACCAUUUUGUCAGAUGUCCAGCUAAUGGAGGCUUGGCCUAGUUUGUCCGAUGAUAUCAGAGAGCACCCUCUUCGCACGCUGGCCACCCUAUCUUUGGCCAUGCAUACGGUGGUGGUGAACCACGUCCUAGAUUGCAAUGAUUCCUCGGCUAGUGUAGUCUCCACUCCGGAACAGUAUAUUCCACCAACUACACGGCUACGCAAAAUCUACGUGCGACCGAUAGACUUUGUGAAAGUAGAUAAUAUGGAAGGAAUCACCCACUCCCGCGUGGACACUUUGCUCUCAAUCCGCGGAACUGUGACCAGUGUAGGAGAGCCCAGCUACAGCUUGACUUGGCAGGCUUUUCGCUGCAGCCGCUGCCAGAUGGAGAUCGCUAUGCGCCAACGAGGAACAUUUCAGCCACGCCCUUACCAAUGCAAACGAUCUGAAUGCGUGGCGAGGGAUGAGUUUCUGCCGCUUCGUAACUCUCCAUACACUCGGCUUUCAAUCAGGCAGAUCAUUCGCCUUGAGGAGUCCAGUCUGACUUCAGUCCAUGAUUUCGAAAGCAGCGUCGCUGGGGAAAUUGAUGUAGAACUGCGACACGAUCUGGUAGAUUCUAUAAGAGUUGGCCAAGAAGUCAUUAUAGCCGGAGUACUUAAGCUGCAGGAACUGGGCGAGGAUACAUCAGCAGGAGAUGCUUCCAAUCAGAUGCAGGCCUAUCUCAAGGCAGUCAGCAUUCAGGAUGCUGCUGGCAUUAAGCGGGAAUUUAGCGAUCGCGACUUGGAAGCCAUUGCCAUGAUCAAUGCGGAAUCCAAUUCCUUCAAGCUCCUUGUGCAAUCCAUUGCCCCGGAGGUUUAUGGACAUGAGCUUCCCAAGGCCGCCUGUUUGCUAUCCCUUCUCGGAGGUAAAGGGGCAGAAGAUGAAGCCAUCAAUAUUCUCCUGGUGGGCGAUCCUGGUAUCGGCAAGACCAAGAUCCUCCAAAGCUGUGCUCAGAUCACAGAACGCGGUGCCCACGUAAGUGGAAAGCGAGGGACCCAAUCAGCCCAGCAAUUGGGAGUGACCUUCGUUGGAAGGAACAAACGCGUCCUCCAAGCAGGUGCAUUGAUGACGGCUGGAGGAGGCGGGCACUGCACACUGGAUGAUGUGGACAAGCUUGCCUCCAAGCAGGCAGUACUAUUGCAGUGCCUACAAUCGGGAGAAAUGAACAUUCCACUGCCUGGAGCCUUCGCAUCGUUCCCAACACAACCAACAGUAAUAGCCUGCGCAAACCCCCAAAGAGGACAGUACGAUGAGGGUCGUUACCUCCUGCAGAAUAUCAAUAUUACUCCAGCCCUGCUUCGUAAAUUUCAUCUGGUCUACGUAUUACUAGACAAGCCCUCCGAGCGGGACAUGUCUCUGACUGCCCAUGUAAGGGCUCUCCAUGCUGGUGCCAAAAAGCGGGCUAGGAUUGCAGCGCGGUAUGCUAUGAAACCCAAGAUGAGCGAUUCCAUGUGCGAGGCCACCUUUCAUGUGCCGGGGACAGGAGAAAAAGACUCUAUAAAAACGGAGGAUGACAAUGACAGCGUUAUGCAGCAAGAUUACGAUUUGGACAAGCGGCUGGAACUCUUGCCAGAGGAUAGCGACAUGGACCUGCUGCCACCCAUUCUGAUCAAGAAGUUUUUGGCUUAUGCCCGCCAGGAAGUGAGUCCGCUCCUGAACGAGGAGGCCAGCAAUGCUAUUUUAAGAUUCUUUCUGGAGCUGCAAGGAAGCAGCGGGCAAGAUGAAGGCGAUCAUAGCCAGAUUGGAGCAGGACAACUCCUUGGUCUUAUUCACCUGUCCCAGGCACGUGCUCGUCUGGACUUGUCCCACGUGGUCAGUACCCAGCACGUGCGCGAUGUGAUCGCCCUGCUGACCGAAAGCAUCACCCAGACCAGCCUCAAGGCGGACUCUAGAGGAUCCGAAGUUCGCAGAGGUGGUGGUGGAGGUGGUAAAAGCGCUCAGCUGCGCAAUUUUGUGCACUUGUUACAAAAACGCUCGGCGGCUUUGGGACGGCGAAUCUUUGAGUUCGAUGAGCUGAAGGAGAUCGGAACGCGAGCUGGCAUCUUGACCGGCUUCAAUCAGCUGGUGGAAAUGGCCAACUUGGGCGGCUAUUUGCUCAUGAAGGGCGCAAACAUGUACGAAGUGGUUCCGGACUGAGGGCAAGCGACAAAUUAGCGAAUCAAUAUUUGACUAGUGUCUGUGGAUUUCUUUCCUGUUAACUAGUUAAGUGGGUACUAAAAUAACAGGGGACUUAGGUUAAAAUAAAAAUAGGUAUUACGGAAAUGAUGGUUUUGGUUGAGAUUUCAAUGUUAAAUAUUUAAAAGUUGUAAUUGAAUACCCAAAAAUUUGUUUCUUUAAAUCAAUUUUUAUAACCAACAAACGAAACAUACUUUAGGGAGCUUAUUAAUUUAGUUUCGUAGCUACACUGAGUGUUAAAAGUAUUUCUGCUUAUAUGAGUUUCCUUUAAGAAAUCGAAGAUUCAACUUAGCUUAAUAUAUUUCCUAUAUGUACAUAUAUCAAUAGAGGAAAUCAUAUAACAAAAAGUUAUUCCAACCAAAACAAAACAAACUUUUCAUAAUUGGUUUCAUUUAAUACUUUAUUUCCUUGUAUCCAUAAAAUUAGAUAUAAUGAAUAAGUUUUUAUAAAUAAAUACACAAAACAGUUGUAUCCGUUAGAAGUGA